AUGGCUGGACCUGUGGAGGGAUCCCCGGAAUGGGCAGCCCAAGAUAAGGGGCCCUACACAAUCGGCAUCUGCUGGGCCAUUACGUCGCUUAGCACCCUCUUCGUUAUUGCUCGCCUUUACGUCCGCGGCAAGAUCAUGGGCAAGCUGCAGAGUGAUGACUGGUUCACGGUCUCUGCACAGGUAUGCAGUUGGAUCUCGACCGCGCUGUCCACCAUGGCCGUCGCAUCGGGUAACGGGAAGCACUUCGCCCUCCUCACCGUCGAGCAAAAGCAGAGCGCCAUCCUAUGGACCACGGCUGCCUUCUGCCCCGGCGUCAUGUCCUUCGGCCUGCCCAAGAUGGCCGUCGUCGUUCUUCUCCAGCGUCUCCUCAACCCGACGCGCUACCACCGCUGGUUCCUAUGGUGGAUGGGAAUAUGGUGCCAACUUACGCUGUUCGCGACCGUGGGCGUUCUCCUGGGCCGGUGCAUGCCCGCGCGAUCUCUCUGGGACUUUUCCGUGGAGGGCAAGUGCUUCGAUCCUGAGAUUCUCGUCGCAUACUGCAUCUACGCUGGUUCUUUCUCCGCAUUCGUCGACAUCUACCUUGCCGUAUAUCCUACCGUCGUUCUCUUCCAACUUCAACUUUCGCUUCGAAAGAAGAUUGCUCUUUGCGUCGCGCUGGGCAUCGGUUCCAUUUCUGGUGUUGUGGCAAUUUACAAGACGACUCGUAUCCCAUCUCUCAAGAGCCCCGACUUUUCUUACGAUACCUCGGACUUGGUCAUCUGGACUGUCAUCGAAGGUAGCACAAUCAUCAUCGCCUCAUCCAUUCCUAUUCUUCAGCCCCUGAUGGAUCUCAUCAUGCGCCGCAACCCCUUCAGCUCCAACAAGUCCAAUAAAAACACCCCACGAUAUUUUGAGGACUACAGCACCGGCAGCAAGGCCGGCUACGAGCUCGGCCAGCGCAAGCCUAAAUCAAAAACCGCGACGACCUCGGCCUCACAAUCGCAGUCGAGGCCCAAGGACGGCGUCAUUGUUCGGACCGACAUAGUCACGGUGCAGUAUUCUCAGCAGAUCCCGGACACGGAGCAGGAUGACAGGUGGAGCUUUCCUGGGACGUGUGACGCGGCCCGCCAUGCCCCGAUAGUCUACACGUCAACUGGUAUCGCGCUUCGCCGCACCGUAACCUGGGGCAGCGCCUACAUCAUCGUCAUCUCCCGCGUCAUCGGCAGCGGCAUCUUCGCCACGCCGGGCACCAUCCUCCGGACCGUCGGAAGCCCCGGUCUCGCCCUCUCGCUCUGGAUCGUGGGCGCCCUCAUCGCCGCGUGCGGGCUCAGUGUGUCGUUGGAGUACGGAUGCAUGCUGCCCCGAUCGGGCGGCUCCAAGGUCUACCUCGAGUUCACCUACCGCCACCCCAAAUUCCUCGCGUCGACCCUGGUGGCCGCGCACAUUAUUCUUCUUGGGUUUUCGGCGAGCAACUGCGUCAUCUUUAGCCGCUACGUCCUGUUUGCCCUGGGUGCCGACGCCGAGGCUAGCGAUUUCCUGCGCAAGGCCAUCGGCGCCGCCCUGCUGGUGGUCGUAACAUUUAUCCAUGGCGUGUUCCCGAGGGCGGGCGUCCGCAUCCAGAAUUGGCUGGGAUAUAUCAAGGUCGGCAUCAUCAUCUUCAUGAUUCUCUCCGGAGUCUACGUGGUGGCCUUCCGAGGUGCUUCGGAAUUCCGGGAGACCAGGCUCGACAACGUCAACAACAUCCUUAACGAGGUCAAGGACCCCGUGCGGACCCUUCCGUCCGUGGCUUCCACCGCGCUAGUGACAGCCGGAUUUCUUUACACGCUGGUCAACGUCGCCUACUUCCUUGUCGUCCCGAUCCAGGAGAUCAAGGAUAGCGGCGAGAUGAUUGCCGCCCUGUUUUUGAACGACUCUUUGGAUCGCAUCUCGGCUCGCCUUAAGCAAGAGAUUGCCCGCCAGGGUCUCCUUCCUUUCUCGGAUAUCCUUUCGUCCACGCGACCCUUCAAUUCGCCGCUCGGAGGUCUCCUCGUUCACUUCAUACCCUCCCUCCUUGUCAUCAUCCUCCCACCCUCCACCGAGGUCUAUUCCUUCAUCCUCUCCGUCGAAGGGUAUCCGGGCCAGUUUAUGUCCCUUGCCGUGGGCGUUGGCCUGGUGUUACUGCGAUUUAAGCGACCCGACCUGCAGCGUCCCUUCAAGGCCUGGCCUCCCGCGGUUGCCUUGGUCCUGACAUUGAACGUUUCCCUGCUUGCGGCGCCUUUUUCGCCCCCGGCGGAUUCCCUACCUACGCUAUUGUAG